AUUCGCUUCACAGCCGCCAGUCCGGACAGAUCGCCCGAGAGGAAAUUACCUCCCACAAGUCACUAUUUCCACAGGACACGGAAGACGCCAUGAAGCAAUACUCGCUGGUAUCCCUUAUCCUUAUGGCCGCCUUUUUGGGCCAGAUCCUGGAGGUCGAAAGCGACGAAAAAUGCAAGGUAUCCAACGUUAAUAAUGAGUACAUCGAACGAGCCUUAAAAAAGGUGAAAAACUGCUUCUCAGAAAAUCAUCUUUUGGAAAUCGAGGGGAUGGACGAUCUGAAAUCCGUCAUCUCCCAAGUCUGCCCGGCGGAAGCCAAGUGCAAUCACUACGUAAAGGAGUUCUAUGGCGUAGUCCAAGUCUACAACACAGCCGAGGAGAAACUUGUUCUGGAGAAGAUGAUGCGAAUUUUCAAUUCGCUUUUAGAGUUCGCCUGUCGCCUGGGCAGGGAUAAUAUCGACCUCUCCUUGACCAAACUAAGAGCCAAGGUGGAGUGCCUGAUGACCAACCAGAACGCUUUACCUACUUGCUUCGACCAGACUUUCCCCAAUAUGAUUUCCAGGAUGAAUUGCUUCCCCGAGCUGUUCCUCAGGCCCACCUUCUGCAUGGACCUGGAACGGUUCGAGUCGUGUAUCCUGCCCCACUUCGAACAGUGCUCAGAUCCAAUGCCAUCCAACAUAACCAAGGAAAUCUUCAAGCGGGUCAGAAAAGAAUCGGACUGUCAGGCUCUGAAAGGAGGCUCUUCCAAGAUAGCUGCCUUUUCGAGUCUGGGAUGGCUUGUUGUCGGACUUUUGAUCCUGAACCGCCCAUGAAAAGGAGCCUCUAUAUUCUUUUAUUCAUACACAUUUUACUCUUUUGCUCCUUAUCUUCAAAAUAAACUAUAAUACUUUAUCUCAGAAC